UUAUCAUUAAAUAUUUUUCAAAAUGGUACUUAGUGCAAAACCUAUUGGGGAAUACCCCGUUCAUGGUCUCAUGCCAAAGGGAGACACACAAGCUGCAAGCUUUAUUAAAAAGUUUCCCAACUAUGACGGCAGAGACACUGUUAUUGCCAUUCUUGACACAGGUGUCGACCCUGGAGCUGCUGGCAUGCAGGUGACCACGGACGGAAAACCAAAGAUGAUUGAUAUUGUGGACUGUACUGGUGGUGGUGAUGUUGAAACCACCAAGAUUGUGAAAGCCACGGAAGAAGAUGGUAAAAAAAUCAUUCAUGGUCUUAGCGGCAAGAAAUUGAUUUUGGGAGAAUGGGAGAACCCUACGAAUGAAUAUCGUGUGGGUAUUAAACGUGCCUAUGAAUUGUUUCCCAAUGAUUUAACGAGUCGUAUUAAAUCUGAACGUCGCCAGAAUUUCGUCAAGAAACAAGCUCAAUUAUUAAGCGAAGCACAAACUUUGUUGGCGGACUUUGCAAAGAAGGAUGAGAACGAGACAACGGCAGCUGAAAAGACCGAAUUGGAAGCUCGUAUUGAAGGAUUAAAAGAUUUGGAUAAAGCCUAUGAAGAUCCUGGUGUCAUCCUCGAUUGCGUUGUCUUUCAUGAUGGUAAAGACUGGAGAGCUGUCAUUGAUAUCAAUGAAAAUGGUGAUUUAUCAGAUCAACCUGCUUUGACGGAUUAUAGAAAGGAAUUAAAGUAUCAUACAUUUGGUAAAGCAGAUUUACUUAAUUUCUCUGUAAAUAUUUACAACAAUGGUGAUAUUCUCAGUAUUGUAACAUUGGCAGGAAGUCACGGUACACAUGUUGCUGGCAUUACCGCAGGUAAUUUCCCCGAUGAACCGGCACUCAAUGGUGUCGCACCAGGUGCACAAAUCGUUUCUCUUCGUAUCGGUGAUUCUCGUCUUGGUUCCAUGGAAACCGGACCUGGUUUAACUCGUGCUGCCUCCCAUCUUGCCAUGCACAAGGUAGACCUUGCCAACAUGUCCUAUGGUGAAUCCAGUGGUUUACCCACCGAUGGUCAUUUCAUUAAAUUAUUGGCCAAUGAAGCCGUUGGUAAAUCAGGCUGUAUCUUUGUCACCAGUGCAGGUAACGAUGGUCCCUGCUUUAGUUCCAUUGGCGCUCCCGCUGGUAUGGACGCUAGUUUCAUUACGGUAGGUGCCUAUGUUAAGCAUUGCCAAAUGCAGGCAGAAUAUGCUCUUUUGGAAUCCGUCACAGAGCGUCCUUAUACUUGGUCUUCCAGAGGUCCUACCACCGAUGGUUAUCAUGGUGUGGAUAUCUAUGCACCCGGUAGUGCUAUCACCAGUGUCCCUGUCUAUGUCUUGAACAAGUUGGAUUUAAAGAACGGUACUAGUAUGUCCAGUCCUAACGCCUGUGGUUGUGUCGCUUUACUUGUAUCUGCUCUCAAGGCUGAGAAGAGAGAAUACACGCCCUAUCGUUUGAAGAACGCUGUUGUCCAAACCGGUAAGAGUGUAGAGGAUCCUUUGGGUGUCGGAUUUAUUCAAGUGGAUAAAGCAUGGGAAUAUCUCGAGAAUUUCAAGGAUGAUAAAGAUUUAGACCUCUUAUUCAAGGUGAUCGUUCAAAAUCAAGGUAUCAAACGUGGUAUCUAUCUUCGUGAGAUCGACGAGGUCAGUCAAGUGCAAUAUCUCACUGCCAAGGUUCAACCUCACUUUAUGGGCGAAACCGAUCCUGAAAACCCUAAAUACAAUCAAGCCAAAUUUGAUUAUGACGUACGUGUUGCUUUAGUCGCGACCGAAUCUUGGAUCUCAGUCGCUGAUUAUGUUUACUUACAUUCCAGUGGAAAUACAUUCCAGAUCAAGGUCGAUCCUUUGGCCUUGACCGAAAGUAAGUUUCAUUAUGGUGAAGUCUUGGGUUACGAUACUUCUGCUCCUGAACGCGGUCCAUUGUUCCAUAUCCCCGUUUCAGUCGUAAAACCUACCGUCCCCUCGCAAGGAUUCAUUCGUUACAAGAAUGUCGAGUAUGGACCUGGUGACAUCAUUCGUCGUUUUGUUCAAGUCCCCGAAGGUGCUACCAGCUGUGAAUUGAUCAUUAAGGCCCGUGCACCCGCUGAUACAGCUCCUGCUCGUUUCAUGCUUCACCUAUUACAAUUAGUACCCCAACAAAACCAAAAGGAAAAACAUGCUUAUUCCUUUAAUUUGGGUACAGGUUCCUAUGGUGAUCCUCGUUCUGACGAACAGGUCAUCAAGAAGAAAUUCUCUGUACGUGGUGGAUUAAACCUUGAAGUGUGUCUUGCACAAUUCUGGUCUGGUCUGGGUAAACAUUCCAUUGAUUUAAGUUUGGAUUUCCAUGGUGUUCAAAUUGCAGGUAAUUUGGCCAACGGACAAAGUACACUUCAUUUGGAACCUCAAGUCACUCGUUUGGAGAUUUCAACUCCCGUACGUCGUGAAGACGCUUUAAAUGUCAAUGUUUCAUUUAACAAGUUGCGUAAAUAUUAUCGUCCCAAGACCGCUGAAAUCACCCCCAUGCUUCCUGAUCGAGACUUGUUACCCAGCACACGUUUGUUGUAUCAAUUGGUACUUUCCUACAACAUCAAGUUGGAUUCUGCUACCACCAUCACACCCCGUUUCCCUACCGUCAUGAACCAAUUGUACGAACAUUUCUUGGCUGGUGUCUUUGGUAUCAUUUACGAUGCCAACAAGAAAGUGGUAGGCUAUUUGGAUGUCUUUGAUCAUGAUAUCAAGAUCAACCAAAAGGGAGAUUACACCAUCAUGCUUCAACUUUCCACUGAAGAAGAGAACGUGCUUGAAAAGUUAAAGGAUACCUUAUUGGAAUUAGAUUUGGAUCUGAAGACUGUCAACUUUAACACUUAUCAAACCGUAGCUGAUGUCUAUACAAAGAAUAGCUCCAAUUUUGCAAAGAUCGCUUUGGAGCGUAAAGUGUUGAAGGCUUUCCAUAUCGCAGCUCCUACAGAUGCUUUACCCAAGGAAGCCAAGGCAGGCGAUUCACUUGUAGGAAAAUUAAAUUUUAUAAGUGGUGUCGAUGGAGGACAAUACAAGGUCAUCUAUACCGUCCCUCCUCUUCCCAUCGAGGCCUCCACUAAAAAGUCCACGGAUGAAAAGAAGCCUACCGAUGAAGAACUCGAGCAAAAAUUACAGGAUGCUACAAGAGAUCUUCAACUCUCUUAUCUCAAAAAAUUCACUGCGGAUUCCGCUGCCUAUCAGGACUUGUUGGCCAAGAUGGAAUCCACUUAUGGCGAUGAUAUUGCGUUUGCCGAGUUCAAGAUGAAUGCACUCUGGACCGCCUCUGCUGGUAAGAGUAGCGUCGAGAGUUUGUUCAAACCCGGACAAUUGACCGAAGAGCAAGCCACCGAGAUUGUUCAGGUCGCAGAUGGUAUCUUGGCUCAUUUUGAUGAACGUGAACUUUGUGAAUUCUAUGGUCGUAAGACACCCUCUGAGGAAUCCGAUGAAGAAAAGACGGUGCGUAAGGCCAAUGACGAAAAGAAGAAGCAACUCUUGAACGCUCUCAAGAACAAGGUGAUGGCUUAUACAGCUGUAUUGGAUAAGGAGAAUCAUAAGGAGGAGUUGGAAGCUAGUGUGAAGGCUCUUGAACAAUGGGCUUCGGAUGAUAGCGCAACCAACUUGGCUUCCUUAUUGGUCAAGGUGAAACGUGAACGUGAGGCAGGUCAUCCUGGUAUCGCUCUCAAAUCCGUUCAAAAGUAUUUGGCAGAAGUGACCUUGACAUCUGAAACUAGUAAAGAUGUGGGUAAAGUGUGGACUGUACGUAAUCAGCUCUAUCAAGAGCUCGGAUGGCCCUUGUGGGCAGAGUAUGAUGACAAGUGGAAUAUCAUUAGACAACCUCCUUAUGGCAUUGCCUUAUUUUAAACAGGAAAAUCUUGUAUCUACUUUUUAAAAUAAUAAUUAAAAAAAAACUGUGUAUUUAUUUUGUUAUA